AUGGAUCUGAAAGUCCUGCACACGACAACUGCCUGGAGGGUGGCGGAGCGUGGAGCGGGCGCCGGACGCAGACCUGAAGCCUGUGAUUCUCCCUCCGACUGCUUCAGCUCUGCUCCUCAGGCCGACGUCCAAAUAGCUCCAGGGGAGGGGGGGGUUCAUGGGGGGGUCACCCAGGGGAAAUACUGGGGGAGAGCUGGGUGUACAUGUGCAGCGUGGGUUUACUGCUUGCUGGUUUCAUCCAUGGCUGAAGACACCUGUAGUGCUCGCGGCGAGGCACCACCCAAAUCAAAAUAA